AUGUCCUCCUCAGUGCCCCCCGACCAGCUCGCCCUGGCCCGCGAGACGGUCCGCCCUAACCUCGUCAAGAGCCUCAUGCGCCAGAACCGCCUCGCGCACUCCUUCGGCCUGCGCGUCGCGUUCUCCACCGAGAUGCCCCUCGUCGCCAAGCGCGCGGGCUACUCGGCCGUGCUGAUGAACCUCGAGCAUAUGGCCAUGAGCAUGGAGACGAUGAAGGAUAUCGCUGUGUCGUGUCUGAACGUGGGAAUCACGCCUACAGUAGUCGUCCCAACAUGCUCCCAGGAAUGGAUCUCGCGCUGCCUCGACUCCGGCGCGCAGGCCGUCAUCGUCCCGCACGUCAACACCGUGGAACAGGCAAAGAUGUGCGUCGACGCGUCGAAGUUCCCUCCCCUCGGCCACCGCUCAGUCACAAUGGUCACCGCAAUGACCCAGUACACCACGCAACUAUCCUACGCUGCCAUCGCCGAAGUCGUCAACGACGAGGUGCUCAUCAUGCCCAUGAUUGAGACGAAAGAGGGCGUGGAGAAUGUAGAGGCCAUCGCCGCGGUACCCGGCAUCGACGCGCUCUUCAUCGGAUGCGCAGACCUCUGCAUGGAGCUGGGCAUCCCCGGACAAUACGAUUCGGAGCUGUUCCACUCCACCGUGGCCAAGAUCGCAGGCGCAGCCGAGAAGGCGAGCGUAGACGGACGCAAGGUGUUCGUCGGACUGGGAGGGUUGGAGCCGAGGCCAGAUCUGCUUGAAGAGUUUGCGAAGAGACAUGCUCCUUUUCGAUUCGCCAUGGCGGGCCGCGACUUGGCUCUGCUUCUAGCUGGUAUGUCAAAACAAGCAGCGUCAAUGAACGAGAUUUCAACAAGACUUCAGUAA